AUGGUUUCGUUCAAAACUUUCGUCGCGCUGCCUUUGCUCGCCUCGGUCGCCUCGGCUGCCUGCUCGGGCCAUCGACGCCACCACGCCAAGGUCGCGGCAUCGAUCUCGGCCUCGGCUGCUGCACCCACCUCGACCGCCUCGACGGGCUCGUCAGGCGUCAAUGCCAACCUGGCCGCUCAGAAACAAUCCUCUUCGACUUCAAGCGCCAGCUCGUCCACUUCCACUUCGAGCUCGAGUUCGUCGAGCUCAUCGUCGAGCGUCGGCUGGGGCCUUAAGGGGAUGAAGAAAAACAACAUCGCUUUCGGGUGGUUGCCCGAUGAUGGUGAGUGAUGCGGUGCCGCUUUCUACAUCUCAUCGAGUUGGCUUCGGCUCCAAUCGACUUCGCAUUUCGUAUGGCACGCUCCAUUCGGAGGCCGGCUCGCGCGAUCGAGUUUUCCUUUGUUCCAGAGGGGCGUCGGUUGCGCGUGCUUGAGCCGGCCCGACACCUGCGGUUGUGCCAACCGCAACACGUGGACUCUGACCUGACAUCUGAUGUAUCAUAAUUGGGCGCACAGGGUCGGGAGGUGGAACGUCGCAAACGAUCCAACAGAUCGAGUCCGCCAUGGGCCAGCAAACCUCGGCACAGGGGUGGUACGCUCAGGCCCAGUCGGGCACCCUCUUCGACGGCAAUCAACUGCUCUGGCGCAUGGACCAGAUUAAGACCGGUGGUGUCUUCCAACCGGCUGUCAUGCCGACUGGUGCGUUUCCCGUGUUGCUGCCUGGUCAUCCUGAGUUUGCGGCUGGCUGACCCUGGCGCGCUCCUGAUGAUCUUUUCUCUGAUCUCCUUACCUUGCUAGGUGGUUGGUGGGGUCUUACCGCGAGCGACAAUCGGCAAGCGGUCGCCAUUUGCAAAGUCAUGAAGAGUGAGUCGGUUUACCUCUUGUCUCUGUCGUACACUGUCUGCGAGCUGUAUACUGACAGGCUUGCUCGGAAACCGUGAACACCUUGACUGAUCUUAUCUUUUCCCGUCUUAUCGCAGAAUUCACCGACCAGGGUAUCGAGGUGUGGCUUCGCUUCGCCCACGAGGUGAACUACUACCAAGAAGACGGCACCUACCAAGGUGACGCCAGCGACUUCAAGGCCGGCUGGGCUGCCGUCUCCGCCGCUUGCAAGCAGAUCGCCCCCGCUGUGAAGAUGUGGUACACCCCCAGUCAGUCCCAACAGAUUGCCUCGAGGUGCUUUAUCGACCGGGUUCUGAACGUCUGACUACAUUUCAUAGACAUCGCCGAUGAGUCCCAAUACGACGCGUACUACCCCGAUGAUCCUUCGACCGUCGAUCUCAUCGGCAUCGACUUCUACCCCAAGGAGACCUCGGGCUACGAUUUCGUUAGCUUCAUGAAGCCGUUCCACGAUAAGUACACCACUUCCAGUGGUCCCUACUUCGCCAUUGGUGAGAUCGGUAACGGUGUGGCGACCAACAUGGCGCAACGACUGGCCUGGCUCCAAAAUAUCAUGUCGACCAACACAAAGUCGCAGAUGCCCCAGUUCAUCGCUUGCUCUUGGGUGAGUACACCUUGACCUCCAUGUCUCAAAAUCGAACGCUCAUCUAAUAUCUCACUGUUUUCGUUUGUGUUCCAACAGUUCAACUACCACAAGGUAUGGACACCCACUCUUGCUGCUUCCGUAUCAGCUGCAGACACUGAUUCUAGAGUCCAUCUCGCUGUGCACAGGGUUAUGAUUUCCGAAUUGCCGCUGUUGAUGGUGAUUCGGUCAUCAAGUCCUACUUUUCAUAA